CAGCUCGUGAGGAGGACAUUGGGGAAGGUAGGAGUCUAUGGUCAGCGUGGCUCGUGCUUCGUGUGCAGGAGAGCGCGAGAUGCUGGCGGCGAACGAGCGCUUCGUGGUGUCUCACGCGGCGCUGUGCGGGAUCCCCCUCAGCGGGACGGAGCUGAUGGCGCUGCACGCGCAGACGGAGGAGGAUGGCGAGAGCGCGCACGAUCACGCGCACCGGCACGCGCAGCACACGUUUGAAGCCAUGCAGCGGAGACACACCACCCUGAGAGAGAAGGGCCGCAGAGGCCCGGCCUACAUGUUCAGUGAGCGAGGGACCAGCCUCACCGCAGAGGAGGAGCGCUUCCUGGACGCUGCAGAAUACGGCAACAUCCCUGUGGUGCGCAAGAUGCUGGAGGAGUCCAAGACCCUCAACGUGAACUGCAUGGACUACAUGGGCCAGAACGCCCUGCAGCUCGCAGUGGGCAACGAGCACCUGGAGGUGACGGAGCUGCUGCUGAAGACGGAGGGGCUGGCGCGGAUAGGGGACGCCCUGCUCCUGGCCAUCAGCAAGGGGUACGUCCGCAUUGUGGAGGCCAUCCUGGCGCAUCCGGCCUUCGAAGGUGGUCUACGCUUUGCCCACAGCCCGCUGGAGCAGGAGCCACGGGAAGAUGACUUCUAUGCAUACGAUGAGGACGGAACUCGCUUCUCUCAGGAUGUUACACCUGUCAUUCUUGCUGCACACUGCCAGGAGUACGAGAUUGUGCACAUACUGCUGCUAAAGGGAGCCCGCAUCGAGAAGCCACACGACCACUUCUGUAAGUGCAGUGAGUGUAUGGAGAGUCAGAAGCAGGACUCCUUCAGCCACUCACGCUCCAGGAUGAACGCCUACAAAGGACUAGCCAGUGCUGCCUACCUCUCACUGUCCAGCGAAGACCCGGUGCUUACGGCCUUGGAGCUCAGCAACGAGCUCUCCCAGCUGGCCAACAUCGAAACUGAGUUUAAGAAUGACUACAGGAAGCUCUCUAUGCAGUGUAAAGACUUUGUGGUUGGGGUGCUGGACCUGUGCCGGAACACAGAGGAGGUUGAGGCUAUUCUGAAUGGUGAUGUGGACCAUAACACGCCGAGGGAGCACAACAGGCCCUGCCUUAGCCGUGUAAAACUGGCUAUCAAAUACGAGGUGAAAAAGUUUGUGGCUCAUCCGAACUGUCAGCAGCAGCUCCUGACCCUGUGGUAUGAGAACUUGUCUGGCUUGAGGCAACAGCCUAUUGGAGUGAAAUGUUUAACGGUGCUGGGUGUGAUGGUGGGCCUACCUUUCCUGGCAAUUGCAUACUGGAUCAUGCCCUACAGCAAAGUGGGUCAGGUUCUUCGCAGUCCAUUCAUGAAGUUUGUAGCCCACGCUGUCUCCUUCACUACUUUCCUGGGGCUGCUAGUGCUCAAUGCCUCCGAUCGCUUUUUAGGAGUAAAAAAUCUACCCAAUGAGACAAUCACCGACCACCCGCGCCAAGUGUUCCGCGUCAAGACCACACAGUUCUCCUGGACGGAGAUGCUUAUUAUGAAAUGGGUGCUUGGAAUGAUCUGGUCAGAAUGUAAGGAGAUCUGGGAGGAUGGACCUCGGGAGUACAUACUGCACCUGUGGAACAUCCUGGACUUUGGCAUGCUGUCCAUCUUCAUAGCAUCGUACACGGCAAGACUUAUGGCAUUUCUGCGGGCUUCUAACGCACAGCUGUAUGUCGACCUGUAUGUGACGACCUCUGACCUGAGUAAUGCCACUCUUCCUGAAGAGGUGGCCUACUUCACUUAUGCAAGGAACCGAUGGCUGCCCUCGGACCCCCAGCUCAUCUCUGAGGGUCUGUACUCCAUCGCUGUGGUCCUGAGCUUCUCUCGCAUUGCCUACAUCCUGCCUGCCAACGAAAGUUUCGGACCCUUGCAGAUCUCCCUGGGCCGAACCGUGAAGGACAUUUUCAAGUUCAUGGUCAUCUUCAUCAUGGUCUUUCUUGCUUUCAUGAUUGGCAUGUUUAACCUCUACUCGUACUACCUGGGAGCGAAGUACAACCCUGCUUUUACCACGGUCGAGGAAAGCUUCAAGACGUUGUUCUGGUCCAUCUUUGGUCUGAGUGAGGUUAUCUCUGUGGUGCUGAAGUACGAUCAUAAGUUCAUUGAGAACAUCGGUUAUGUUCUGUAUGGAGUCUACAACGUCACCAUGGUCAUUGUUCUGCUCAACAUGCUGAUUGCAAUGAUAAACCACUCUUACCAGGAGAUUGAGGAGGAUGCCGAUGUUGAGUGGAAGUUUGCCCGUGCCAAGCUGUGGCUGUCUUACUUCGAUGAGGGCAGGACCCUCCCUCCUCCGUUCAAUCUGGUGCCCAGCCCCAAGUCCUUCUAUUACAUGGCCUUAAGGACCAGAGCCUGUCUCGUCAGACAAUGCAAGGCCAGGGGCCGUCGUCAUGGCAGCCAGCGAGACAUGGACAUCCCCGGUUCCCGGACUAAGCUCCACAGGUUCCGUUCUUACCACGCUCAAGAUGAAUACACAGUGAAAAAUCCCAUCAAACAUCCGACGAGAUACCAGAAGCUUAUGAAGCGCCUCAUCAAGCGGUAUGUCCUGAAGGCUCAAACUGACAGUGAAAAUGAUGAAAUCAAUGAAGGUGAGCUGAAGGAGAUAAAGCAGGACAUCUCCAGCCUCCGCUAUGAGCUCCUAGAAGAGAAAUCUCAGGCCACGGAGGAACUUGCUGACCUUAUCCAGCAGUUGGGUGACAGACUCAGUAAAUCCACCAAGAAGCCCUGAAGAACUCUCUGUUCUCUGCAUCGCUGAUACCAACCUUUCAGCCCAGAUGCUGCAGGCUAUGUUCUAGCUAGUGCCUCUAAAAUUCUGAGACUGUCUUCGUCUCAAACUACAGCUGACCUUCGUCCAUAUGCCUGUUUCCUGCAACUCUCCUAUGCAGCGUAGCCUUUUUAAACACUUGGGACCAGUUCCCCAGAACAGUUUAGGAUUAACCCAUGGUCAGAAUACAUGGUUAGAAUUCGUAAAGACUAUAUUUCGGCAUUGACUUGAGAAAUAAGUUAUUGGCUUAGUACACUGUAUUUAGAUUAACAAUAUACAUUUGCAAAGAGUUUUUUGACACUAGUCAAACUUACAUAUAUAUUUAUUGCAUUGUAGUUUGUGUUUAAUUUUUUUGAAGCAGGAAAACAAGUCUUAGAAAAGAAUUAUAUAUUAAUCAAGUAUACAA